UUCAUCGAUGGCAACUUCUGGCAACGGUACCACGGCAGGGGCAGGUUCACCGUGCGGUGCGUGCAAGUUCCUGAGGCGUAAGUGUGCAUCAGGUUGUAUAUUCGCACCUUACUUCUCAUCGGAGCAAGGAGCAGCAAGAUUCGCAGCUAUUCACAAGGUGUUUGGAGCUAGCAACGUCUCUAAGCUCUUGCUCAAUGUCCCAAUCCAUGAUCGAUGCGAAGCUGUUGUCACCAUCGCCUACGAAGCUCAGGCUCGUCUUCAUGAUCCUGUAUAUGGAUGUGUCUCUCACAUCUUCGCUCUCCAACAACAGGUGGCUUACUUGCAAACACAAGUCAUGCAAAUGAAGGCACAGAUCGCCGGCCACCAGAUGCCAGCCGCCGGAGAUCUAAGAAACAGCUCGGAAAGUACUAACCAAUUCACCACGUGGCAACAAACUAGUGGCUCUCCUAUCGGCAGUGCAUACUCAACACCAUAUAGCCAUCAUCAUCAACCUUACUACGGUCACGUAAACCCUAAUAAUCCGGUCUCACCACAGAGCUCGCUAGAAGAAACUUUCAGCAACACGAGCAGUGAUGUCACUACAACAGCUAAUGUGCGAGAGACUCAGCAAACUGGAGGUGGCGUAUAUGGUCACGGUGGGUUAGGGUUUCACGAAGGAUAUCCUAACAAAAAAAGAUCAGUCAUGAAUUAUUGUAAUAGCGAGUUAGGUGAGCUUCAGGCGUUGGCUCUUAGAAUGAUGAAGAAUUAAGAUAAGGUGCUAACUUA